AUGGCCAAGUCAAUGACUCUGCUGUGGGGGGCUGGAUCCCCUCCCUGCUGGAGAGUUAUGAUCACUCUGGAGGAGAAGAAGCUGCAGGGCUACAAACACAAGCUGCUGUCUUUUGAGAAAGGAGAGCACAAAUCCAAGGAAGUCUUGCAUAUCAACCCAAGAGGGCAGCUGCCUGCCUUCAGACACGGAGACAACAUACUCAACGAGUCCACUGCUGCAUGUUUAUACCUGGAGAAUCAGUUCAAGUCUCAAGGCAAUAAGCUGAUCCCUGACAAUCCAGCAGAACAAGCACUGAUGUACCAACGCAUGAUGGAGGGUCUCCUCCUCACUGAUAAACUCAACUCAGUCAUCUACUAUGAAUGGUUUGUCCCUGAAGAGGAGAGACAUGAUUCUGCUGUGAAGAGAAACAAGGAAUCUCUGGCUGCUGAGCUCCAACUCUGGGAGGGUUACCUGCAGAUGAGAUGCUCAUACCUGGCAGGGCCCUUCUCUCUGGCCGAUGUCAUCGUCUUUCCAAACACUGCAUAUGCGUUUCGUUUUGGGCUGUCUGUUGAACGUUACCCCAAGCUGGGCAAAUAUUACAGCCUGUUGAAGGAUAGACCCAGUAUUAAAGCCAGCUGGCCCCCACACUGGCUGGAUGGCCCACAUGGUUAUGACAUCCUCAAGGAUCUCUGA